GGUAAACACUGAAAGCCGAUCCUUUCGCGGUUUAAUUGUGUCAAAAUCCCCGUCACACUGCAUAUAUUUUCAUCUCAAGUGAAAGACGAGGUGAAACCUGUGAAACUGAAGAGCCAGGAGGGAAAACCUCAGAGCACAACGUGUGUUUGUGAUGAAUGAAGACGAACACAAUGUCAUGUUAUUCAGACGGCCAUAUUUCAUCUCCUGACUAGACCACACACUGGAUUGGGUUUCUUUCACAAUGCAGACACUGUGUGGAGAUAAAUGCAGUAUUCUUACGCCAUUGACGUGCAGACUAGAGUAAGCAGCAUCCUUAUUUACAGUCUCUGCUCUCCUGCAGAAGAUGAUGGUCGUGUGCAAGAAAAGCUGUUUUUGAGCUCUAUGGGGCUCUGGAGUCGACCCAAACCCUCGCAUCAGGCCGCAGUGCCAUCUCGGAUGUGGAAAAUCUUCAAACAGGCCAGCAAACAGACCGUUAAUGACCCAUGUGUGGUGUCUGAAUAUGGGGUACGAGGAAACAUUGUGAGGUUCAUCCAGGAUCAAGGUAGUCUGAUAUCCGCGCCGGCCGUCCACUGCUUUAACUGUGUGCGAAAGCAUCUGUUUUUCAACAUGUCUGUGCUGGAGGAGGUUGAGCAACUCUCGUUGGCGCAGCUGGAAGUGAAGUUCAAACAGGAUCUGCUUCUCCUGAGCCCGCAUGUGUUCAGCGUGGACCUGUACCGAGUGUUAAAAACCACACUGAAGGGAGUAACACACGAAUCCAGCCGGAAACUACUCCAAUCUCAAACGCUCAGUCCCGGAGCUCACGUUUCAGUGCUGGUCAACCUGACAAAUCUGGCCCAAUCCUGGAGAAAACCGGAGAAAAACUUCGGCAUGCAGUUAGAGUUGCAGAUCAUGCAUUUAAACAACAUGCUUCAUGAUCAUGCGUAUGUUCAAAUCCCAGAUAUGCAUGCGACUUUAGUAGCAGUUUCAUUAAACCCGCUUCAAUGCAGGUCCAGAAGGAAGAGAAGCGCUUCAUAUUACCUCCCCGUGACUCCCAGUAACGUGUGCAAACCCAGAAGACUCUAUAUUGAUUUUAAAGACGUAGGCUGGCAGGAUUGGAUCAUUGCACCUCAGGGAUAUUUAGCUAAUUACUGUCAUGGCGAGUGUCCUUUUCCUCUGAGCGAGAGUUUGAAUGGGACUAACCAUGCCAUCCUGCAGACGCUGGUCCAUUCGUUUGAUCCUAAAGGAACACCUCAGCCCUGUUGCGUUCCCAUCAAAUUGUCCCCCAUCUCCAUGCUCUACUAUGACAAUAAUGAUAAUGUGGUGCUCAGGCAUUAUGAAGAUAUGGUGGUGGAUGAGUGUGGAUGCAGAUGAGCACGAGCUAAUUUUUUUAAAUGCACAAUUUUUUUGUUUUAUAUAAUUUUAAGCGUGGAUUAAAAUGCAAGAUGAUAGAUAAUUAGAUAGAUGCUGAUUGUGCAUGUAGAUGCUGUUAAAGAAACUUUUUAUAAUACAUUGUAAUUUAAUAAUAAUAAACUUUCAC